AAACAAGCUAAAUGAGUCCAGGGGGGUAUUCCAAAAAGCAGGUUAUGUGACAUACCUGGGUAUGUUUAAGGGUAAGUUCGUGGAUAACCUCAACGUUCGGUUCCAAAAACAGAGGUAACUUUCUGGGUAUGUAUGUAACCAUAGCAACUGACUCUCUGAAGAUAACCUGCUCGAGAGCAGGUUAUGUUUCAGUGUAACUUCGUUUCAGAAGGUUGGUGAGCAUGGCGUGCCCUUUUGACGAGGAUCCUGUGGACGUUGAAGCACAAAUUAUACAAGGUUUUUUUCAUCGGGAGAGGGUUAUAAGACCGCGUAUUGAUGUGUUUGCUUACCCUAAUGAAUAUUUAAAAGAGCGUUAUCGUUUUUCAAAAGAUUCAUUAGUUUAUUUAACACGUCUUUUAAAACCGCAUAUCGCAAAUGUGACAAACCGCGGCUCUGCGCUUAGCACAGAAAACAUUCUGUGCAUAGCACUUAGGUUUUUUGCGUCUGGCCAUUUUUUGUACAGUGUGGGCGAUUCAGAGCAUGUGGGAAAGGCAACUGUGUGUAGAGCCGUUCGUACAGUGUGUCUGGCACUUAAACAGUUGUUACCCACGUUUGUACAGUUCCCUGGCCAUAAACCUCUGCUUGUUAUUAAAGACGAAUUCCACAGAGUGGCAGGUUUGUCCUUUGUAGUAAAAUAUAUGACGCAUAUUUAAUAUUUAGUCAUAUUAUUAAUAUCUAUACAUGUAUUCCUUAUGCACACACUUCAUACUUCCAAAACUUUCUGUUUCAGGGUUUCCAAAUGUAAUUGGGUGCAUUGAUGGCACUCACAUUCCUAUUAAAGCUCCAUCAAUAAAUGAGGGAGACUAUGUUAAUAGGAAAUCUAUUCAUAGUAUCAAUGUGCAGGUAAUAUGUGAGGCAACCCAAAUCAUCACCAAUGUCGAGGCAAAAUGGCCAGGAUCUGUGCAUGAUGCCAGAAUUUUCCGCGAGUCAUCAUUAUGCCAGACAUUUCAGCAGGGACAGUACAAUGGUUACUUGCUGGGGGACAGAGGAUACCCUUGUCUGCCCUAUUUAAUGACACCCUACCCUGAACCUGAGCCUGGACCACAGACACGGUUUAACCUGGCUCACAGCCGAACACGGGCCAAGGUGGAGAUGACUAUAGGGAUCCUCAAAUCUCGGUUUCAGUGUCUGCGUGGGCUCCGGGUUAGUCCAGAGAGGGCAUGCGACAUUAUUGUGGCUUGUGUUGUGCUUCACAAUAUUGCCACUAUAAGAGGAGAGAGCCACCCUCCUUGUAUUGAGGAAGAUGGCCCAGAGGAACACCGACAGAUUUUAGAGGCCAACAGAGACGGAAGACUUUUGAGAGACAGGAUUUGUCAAAAUUACUUUUAUUAGUUUUUUUUGCACUGGUCUGCCAGGCAGUUUAUUUCUUCAUUU